CCACCGUCGACCUUUUGAGGCGCAUCAGCGCCCUGAAUACUGUCUCAUGCCGCCCAUCCGUGAUAAAUUUACUAUCCAUUCUAAAGCCGUCGUCUGCCAAGAUGUCGAGCUGAAAGGAGACAUUACCAUCGGUUCUGGCACUAUCGUACACCCCAAGGCGACCAUAUUCGCCAUUGCCGGACCUAUAGUCAUAGGCGCCGGUUGCAUCAUCGAAGAGAACGUCGUUCUCGUCAACCGGAGAAAAGAAGUCAUGCGCAUCGGCGACGACAACCUCUUCGAAAUCGGGUGCCGCGUCGAAUGCCCUUCCAUGGGCAACUUCAACACCAUAUCCACCCGCGCCCGCGUGCACCACACCGUGCGCAUCUCCAGCUUCUGCGUCGUCAGCGCCGGCUGCCUCUUCGCCCCCACGGACGACGAGAUCCUCGACGACUUUACUGUCAUCUACGGCCCCGCGGCCGAGCGCCGAAAGUGGAGCGGCAGGGGUAAGGUGCAGGAGGCUGACUUGAGGAGAAAGCAUACCGAGUAUCUGAAGGAGAUGCUGCCCAAGUUCAAUCGGCUGCGGAGAGGGGCAGAUGCGGCUUGAUCAUCUACUGGUGGUGCUUGUGAAAAGGCAAGUCCAUGUUUCUCUGGUGGACAUGAUACGCACCGAUGCUUACGAUAAGCUUCAGUUAUGCGUUCCACAUCCUCUAGA